UAUUAUAUGCAUGUAUAUUUUAUAUUAAUUUUUUUUAUAAAUUUUUAUUACAGCUUCAAAAAUUUGGUAAAGCUCCUACCGUGGUUGAUAAAUAUAAAAAAGACUAUAUGCGUAUCGACCCAUUGAUGCCAUUCGUGGAAUCCGGGUCAUCCACGGAGGAGGGUGAGAGGGCAGAACCAUAUACUGGGAUUGGAACUCCUGAACAACGUGCUAUUGCGGAAGACUUGGAAAGAGUAUACGAAGAGUGUAUUAAUGAUGGAAAAGAUCAAAGUACGGCCGACUCAAUAGCUUGUGAAAGAGUGUUGGGUAAGACAAAAUUACUUGGGAUUCAAAGCUCAACCACUAAGAAAGUUGCAAGAUCAAGAUUUUCUUCUGUUAGAAAUGAAGAGUUGGAGACUAAAGUCGAGCUCUUAGAAGGAGAAUUGCAAGAAUCGCGAGAUGAGGUGAGCUCACUUAAAGAAUCUUUGAACUCAUUACUUAAUACUUUAAGACAAAAAGGAAUUGUUGAUCAGCCCGUCUCCAAAGCUCCAAAUUCGGGUACUUCAAAUGACGACGAAGAACGACUCAAUUCGGAUUAAUUUCAUUGUGUAAUGCUACAAUAUUUUUCUAAGUUUUUAUGUAAUUCUAGAUUCAUAUAUGUACUGUUGACUUGGUAUUUAAUUUUAUGUAGACUUCAACUUUAAAAUUGCUAUGUAAUUUAAUUUAGUAGUU